AUGAUGAUGACGACGAUGAGCCAAGCAAAGUCGAGAAUCGCAAUGCGGCGAUGAUUCUUUGAGCUGGGAGGCGAAUCAAACAAAUACACAAUCCCACAAAGAUAACAAAGUACACCUCCAGUACGUCAAAAGAGAAUCAUGAAGGUUGUUGCUUUUUCCUGGCCGAUCAAGGCGCGAAUGUUGGUGUCGGUCGCAUCAUGGUUGUUUUUAAUGUUGUCGCACGGGGCGAGUCUUGUCCGCGGCGAGGUAAUGAUUACCGAAGUGGCGGCCAAAAGCAGUCGCUCGACGUGUCUGGGCCGCGAUUGGGUCGAGAUUCACAACCCCAAUGCCACGGCCCCGGUGGAUCUGUUUACCGGUGGCUACGUGCUGCACGACGACAAGGGCGUCACGAACGAACAGGCCUUUUUCUUUCCUCCUGGAACGGUGCUGCAACCCGGCGAGUACAGGAUUUGGUGUACCAAAUCAGAACCAAGGGAAGAAUCUCCGCAAUUUGGCAUUGGGCGGCAAGAUACAGUGACGCUGGCCGCCGUGUCUUCCGCUAGCAGCAGCGUGGAGGUUGGCACGGGCCGGGCGAUGGGCUUGUACCAAGUGGUAUCUUCGACGGGACCCUUGCCGUACAUUACUGUGAUGGACGGGUUUGAUGUGAGUUACGCCUGGGACUCGACCACGGGUCGGUACGAAUACACUUCGACCCCGACACCCGGAGCGGGGAACGUCUUGACGCCGGUGGGAUCCACGGCCGAGCAAAUUGCAGCGCUCAAGACUCAACUCACCGCCCAGAACGACCUGGGUGCUGUCUUUUUCAACAUGGACGACCGUGGCCUGUCGGUACCCGACGGAAUGGACACAGUGUUGGACUUGCGCCUGGUCAUGGUCGAGGACGACUACAGCUACUUGUUACAGAAUGCGUCCUACGAAGUGUAUCGACCCUUCCAGUC